CGAAUACCUCUCGGCGCGUAACUACAUUGGCUUCGGACUUCACGAGUGAAGAUUUCCGUGAUAUUUCUAACAAUUCGACGGCAAUUAUGGUCAAUAAAAUGAUAGACGACGCUGAACGAAAGCUAAUAUCGCCGGAUUAUAUGCAGUCUAUUGACCUACUACAACAAGCAACCAUAUUCGGUUCUGCUUUUGCCUCAGCUAAACUUGCUACAUUAUAUCUCGAAGGGUUUAAUUCAAUUGAGCCUAAUUACAAGACAGCCGCGGCAUAUUAUUCCAUUGCACUUAAGCUAAUACUAAUGAUCCCACAUAGUUUAUGGGAAAUAGAUCUUUUGCUCGAAAUAAUUGUCGGCUGGAGUAAAUUGUGCCGGUUUCAUUUCCACCGCAAACACGACUUUCAUCUCUGGUCUCACGGAAUAAAGCUUAUGAAAAAAAUCGACCAAACACUGCAAGAUCCAAAUUUUAAUAAAUUUCUAACACAUGAAGAAGAUCAAAAACGUCAAGCGGUGCGAAUUCACAUCGCCUUUUGUUUUGCAUUGACCUCACAAGUUGACUGUGAUUAUGAAACAGCAUUGAAAAUGUUUCAAAAUUGUGAAAGAAUAGGAUAUUGUGGUUUUUCCACGGCCGACAAAUUAAUCAAAAAGGCUCACACGCAACGUAGAUUAUUAGAGUCGCGGGUGCCUCGUGUACAGCCUGUUUGUGUUCAAUGCAAUUACGAGGCAAAAGAGCUGAAAGAAAUCUGGAAGCUAUUG